AUGGCUCGCUGGAUUGAUAACGCUGGCCCCGCAGGCGUACCACUCACUCUGCAAACGAUCCGCAACCACGUGGCGAUUAUGGCGCGCAACAUGGGCAUUCCGCCCGUGUUUCGAUGCUCCAUUGGCUGGGUGCGCCGUGCGUUGCGGCGCACGGGAGUGCGGUGCCGUGCCGCCACCGGCGAGGCGGCGAGCGCCGACAUGGCUGCUGUGCGUGAAGCGCGUGAGAAGGUGCCGGCGCUUCUUACUCACCUCGGCUACCAGCCGCGCGACACCUUCAAUCUUGACGAGACAGCUCUGUGGCUCUCUGUGCUGCCACAAAAAACAUACAGCAACGCCCGCAUUCCGGGGCGCAAGGUCUCAAAGGAGCGGCUGACCGUCGCGUUUCUCGUCAACGACGACGGCAGCCAUGUUUUCCGGCCGCUCGUCAUCAGCAAGGCGCGCCAUCCUCAUGACUUCCGGCCGGACUACGACCCCGAAGCCUUGUUCACCAACUUCAUAUCGCAGCUCAAUGCCGCGAUGUAUGCCGAAGGGAGGGAAAUCGCGGUGCUGCUCGACAAUGCCAGCUCCCACAUGCUGCGGGACGAGUGCGCGUGGAGCGAAAUCGUAUGCGGCAUGCGGACCACCCGCCUCAGCAACGUGCGCCUCAUCUUCCUGCCGCCGAACACAACCGCCUUCACGCAGCCGCUCGACCAGGGGAUAAUCGCGACCGCGAAGGCCCGCUAUCGCCAGCACUGGCUGCGUGCCUUCAUGGCGCUGUGGAACGACGACGGCGCAACAAGCGCCGUGGCCCGCUAUCGCCCCAAUCUGCGCGAUGUGCUGGGGUGGCUCUCAGACGCCUGGAUGAGUGUCGGUGCGCGCACCAUCCAGAGGUGCUUUUGGCGAACGGGCUGCAUCGACGAGGGCGAGCCGACGUGCGCGGAGGCGGCAGCGGGCGCGACACCGGAUGAUGCGGACGUGGGCCUAGUGGCGGAGCUAUGGAGGGCGCCGACCACGAUGCAGGCCGUGUAUGACGAAUCCGACCCAAUCGGCCGUGAAGCGCGGCGCACGGCAUGGGCGGCCAGCGAGAUGCUCAUCGGCUACGCUCGCGCCGUGAGCGUUACGCCGCGCGACCUUUGCCACCUGUUCGACAUUCGUAAUCCGAUUAUCAGGGAGCGCAUGGAGCGGGCAAGCCCCGCGCUCAAUCUCAACACGGCCCCGCCGCCGCGGCUUUCGCCGACCUUAAUUCCGCCGCCUGACACCCCGCGUCCGAGGGGCCGAGUGCUGCCUGGCUGGAUAACCCAGCCGUCCCGCCGUCAGCAGUUUCUGGACGCCGGGGUUGGCGCCGCGAUGGGCGGGUACGUGGAGGCGGCAGAGUGGAUGCAUGCACCAGACCUUCCCCUUUCUCGCUCUCGUCUCACUUUCUCCAUUCAUAAGAAAAUCGCCACGUCACUCUACUUCUCCGUGGUGGCUCUUAUAAUCGCCAUCUGGGCCGUCUUUAUUUUCCGCGCCAUUCAAGCCCCGCCGCCGAUCCCGCUCACCGACGCUGACGUCACCAGCCCUCGCGUCCGGCUCUCGGACGGCCGCCACGUGGCGUACCACGAGAUGGGUGCGGCUGCUGACGUGGCCAAGUACCAGGUGCUGGUGGUGCACGCGUGGCAGACGUGCCGGCUCAGCAUGCUGCCCAAUAUCACGCAGGAGUUUCUAGAAGCCAACGGCAUUCGUCUGGUGAGCUACGACCGGGCGGGGUACGGCCAGAGCGACCCCAACCCGGGGCGCACGCUGCAGAGCGACGUGCGGGACGCAGCCGAGGUGGCGACUCUAGUGGGGCUGGGGGAGAAGUUCUACCUCGUCGCCACGUCCAUGGGGACUUACGUGGCGCUCGGCGCGCUGCGAUACAUCCCGCACCGCCUCAAGGGUCUGACGAUAAUCAGUGUGGUGGGCAACCUCUGGGACCCCACGUGGCCCAAGCACGAGUUCACAGCCACCUGGCAGCAGAUGCCAGUGCAAGACCGCAUCACGCUGCUGCUGGCGCGCCACGUACCUUCCCUGCUGCACGUGUGGUUCUCACAAACGGUGGUGCCGAUGGGAAACUUCCGGCACCCUUUCCAUCCGCACCCGGUUGAGCUGUAUGAGUCGGACAUGGCUGCCCUGGCCAGCACCGAGGUGUUUGGUUAUUUCGCUCAGAACAUGCAGGAGGGGGCAAGGCAAGGAGCAGGCGUGUCAUGGUAUCGAGAUUUCGAGAUCCUCGCUUCUGACUGGGGCUUUAACCUCUCGGAGAUCGACCUUUCUCAGACACGAGAGGAGGGAAAGAAUGGGGGAGAAGAUGGAGGGGAGGAGGGGGGGUUGAAGGGGAAGGUGCACAUAUGGCAUGCGGAGGAGGACUGGGGGGCGCGGGUGGGCUAUGCGCGGCAUGUGGGGCGGAUGGUGGAUGGCAGUGUGCUGCAUGUGGUGCCCAAGAGAGGCCAUUUCUUCAUGUACAACGAUGCCCACAUGCCCCCCACUGUGCUUCUGACCAUGCUUGGGUUGGAAGGGAAGGUGAAGGCGGAGGAUGUGGGAAUGCCCAGUGCCUGCAGUGCUGGUUUUGGAAUGCUCAUUCAUGUACGGUAUGCUCUUGUGCGCAGUUACAGUACCUGCCCUUUAGUAGCUCUUGUACCUGCCUAG